UAUAUCUAUACUCAUGUACAAUAUAAGGUAUCAUCCAGAAAAUGAAGGUCAAGUUCUGUUUGAUUGCUUCCCUUUUGAUUCUCUCUUUCGCGAUUUCGUCAUACGUCGUCUCAUACAAAUCCAAAGAAGAAACAAUAGCAGAAACGAUUCACAUUCGAAAGGUAAUGAAGAUCAGAGUACCUCGUAGUAAGUCACCACCCGAUCGCCAAUGGGGUGAGGGUGACUCGCCACAAGCCGCAAGUCCAAAUUCAGUAUAAGGCGAUGGCUAUACGAUUUGUGGCUACAUACAUCGUAUAAUCUAAGAAAUGUUCCUGAUUUGUGAACCUUAUUAGUUUAUGCAAAGGACAAGAUACUUAAAAAGAAACCCAAUGGCCGGCUCAAAUGUGUUUUGAUUAUUUUCUCUCUCCAUACAAUUUUUUUUUGUCAACGAACCAAGCUGUCACCUAAAUUUUAAAUUACUUACGUGAGAUUGACCUUGUCUUUUGUAUUCACUGGGUUAUUAUUGGACGUGAAAACACGUUCCUAGAUAACGAUGUUCAUGCUCUUUGACAUCUUAUAUUAUUAUUAUAUUUUUAUACGAUAUUCUGUGCAUAUGCUCUACGACGAUCAUCACUAGCUAGG